UCAGGCACGGACAGGGCUCCGGCAAUAACGGGAAGAAAACGUCGAAAAAGUCGCGGACGAGAAGAGGCAAACGAGGCAGGAAAAGACGGAAUAAAAAGAACAACCGGAACAACAAAACACCACCACCGUAUUUCCCACCGGAGGUAGCUAACGCUCUUUAGCCCGGGGAUUAACGGGACAUCCAGCCCGCUAAAGUAGCCAGCUAGCUAGCGGUGCUGCAGCAAACACCAGCUAGUUUCUGUCUAAACACUGACACAUUUAAUUCACACAGCACCAGCAACAUGUUGAAACAUGGCGGGAGAAAUCUGUUACUGUGAGCUGGGCUUCAUACGUGAGCCCCGACAUCCAUCUGCUGCUGUGUCGUCUGCAGGAAACGUCACGCCGAAGCGCACUCAAAUAUUUGACAAUUAUAAAUAAUUUGUGUGAUAGGUUUGAGCACAAAGGCUGAAGAAGCUGACUGAACACAUUUCCUGAUAUAAUCGGGACCGAUUAAUAAUUCGGCAUAUGCCUCAACAACAAGAAGCACUGUUUACUUUAUAAUUUUAUACUUAAGACUCAGCGCUUUUUAAACUACAGCUGGAUGAAGUUGUAGUAGAUGGAUUGGAAUAUUACAAGGUAAACGGUUGUGUACAGAGACAUUAAAGCAAUUUAAAUGAAUGCCGAACAGACAAGUUCCUCUCGUAGAUAUAGGAAAACGUCAGAGUCAAGCAUUAUAUUGCUGAAGAAGGAAACAUCGAGUACAAGCUAAAGCUGGUUAACCCCACUCAGUAUCGCUUUGAGCAUCUGGCCACGCAGCUGAAGUGGCGUCUGCAGGAGGGCCGCGGUGAGGCCGUGUACCAGAUCGGAGUGGAGGACAACGGCCUGCUGGUUGGCCUGACCGAGGCCGACAUGAAGGCCUCGCUCAAGACCUUGAAGAGGAUGGCAGAGAAAGUCGGUGCCGACAUCACUCUCCUCCGAGAGAGGGAGGUGGACUACGACUCGGACAGAAACACUCGUAAAAUAGCAGAAGUCCUCGUCCGAAAAGUUCCCGAUGAUCAGCAGUUCCUGGACCUGCGGGUGGCGGUUCUGGGAAACGUGGACUCAGGGAAGUCGACCCUGCUGGGCGUCCUGACACAGGGCGAGCUGGACAACGGGCGAGGCAGAGCGAGGCUCAACCUCUUCAGACAUCUGCACGAGAUCCAGACAGGACGCACCUCCAGCAUCAGCUUCGAGAUCCUCGGCUUCAACAGCAAAGGAGAGGUUGUGAACUACAGCGAGUCUCGGACAGCCGAGGAGAUCUGUGAGAGCUCCUCCAAGAUGAUCACCUUCAUCGAUCUGGCUGGACACCACAAGUACCUGAAGACCACCAUCUUCGGCCUCACCAGCUACUGCCCUGACUUCGCCAUGCUGGUGGUGAGCGCCAACACCGGCAUCGGUGAGCUGCAGCCACACGCCGGUACAACCCGAGAGCACCUGGGCCUCGCCAUGGCGCUGAAAGUUCCCAUCUUCAUCGUGGUCAGUAAAGUGGACCUGUGCUCCCGUGGCACCGUGGAGAGGACCGUCCGACAGCUGGAGCGAGUCCUGAAGCAGCCGGGCUGCAACAAGGUGCCCAUGGUGGUGUCCAACCCCGACGACGCUGUGACCGCCGCGCAGCAGUUCACACAGUCUGCAGGCAUCACACCCAUCUUCACACUGUCCAGUGUGUCUGGAGAAAGUCUUGACCUUCUCAAGGUUUUCCUGAACAUCCUCCCUCCACUGAGCAACAGCAAGGAGCAGGAGGAGCUGAUGCAGCAACUCACCGAGUUCCAGGUGGAUGAGAUCUACUCAGUUCCUGAUGUUGGGACUGUGGUGGGAGGAACUCUGUACAGCGGCGUGUGCAGGGAGGGCGAGAGGCUGGUGGUUGGUCCGACUGAUGAGGGGCGCUUCCUGCGUCUGAAGGUGGGCAGCAUCCAGAGGAACCGCUCGGCCUGCAGGGUGCUGAGGGCCGGACAGGCUGCCACGCUGGCUCUGGGCAACUUUGACCGCUCGCUGCUGCGCAAGGGGAUGGUGAUGGUCAGUCCAAAGAUGAACCCGACCAUCUGCUGUCAGUUUGAAGCCGCCAUCGUCCUCCUCUUCCACGCAAAGACCUUCCGCCGGGGCUCACAGGUCACCGUGCACGUGGGCAACGUCAGGCAGACGGCCACCGUGGAGUGCCUUCAUGGGAAGGAUGAGCUGCGUACGGGCGAGAGGGCCGUGGUUCGCUUCCGCUUCAUCAAACACCCCGAGUACCUGCGUCUGGGCGCCAAGCUGCUCUUCAGGGAGGGCGUCACCAAAGGCAUCGGCCACGUCACCCGCCUGCUGCCCCCCUCCCAGAAUCACGACCAGAACCAGAACCACGACCAGAACCUGCAGGAGCAUUAGAGACCCCCGUCUGACAGACGCCGAGCUCCGUGAGAACGACGACCUGCCUGACGCCAUCGAUGCUCCUCUGAUCACGCCACGUGUCGGCGUAUUAAUCCGUCCGUCCUGGAUCUAUACUUCUGUCCUCAUCCGCUCCUGCUGUGCCGUCAGAGAGUCUGUCAUCAUCAUCUUCCUCCCAGCAGACGUUCGUGUCUUGAGUUAAAGCCGGCUGACCUCAGUGGACUUAAGCUUGGACGCUUAAUCUGAUGUUGGGCCACAGUUUGAUUUAAGAAGCUCCUUUUUUCUCUGAGCGGCUGUCGUGAGACGACAGCAGGAGGAAUGAGACGCCCAAUCUCUGCUGCACAGGAAGGACUGACCUGUCUCUGCACACGCUCACACUGAAUAUGAAACCUGAAGAGGGGGAUUAUUUCCACAACAGUCUGAGGCGUCUGCUCGCUGGUUUUGCAUAUUUCAGCCCAUAAACUUCAAAACAUGAAUGUUUUAUAUAUCGCUGCGGAGCUCGGUGGGCAUCAGGAGUCAUUUCCUGACAGUUUGUGUGGACGAACAAGAAACGUGUGCUCUCGGAGGUAUAACAAGAGUCUGAAGUACAGUUAAAGGCGUUUUAAUACAGCGGUGAUGUCACAACUGUCGAUGAAUCUGUCGACUAUUUUCUGGAUUAAUAGAUUAAUUGCUCUGUCGUUAGAAAUAGUGUCGAUCAGUGUUUCCCAAAAGCUCAAGAUGACGUCCUCAAGUGUCUUGUUUCAUCGACAACCCAAAGUGAUUCAGUUGACUGUCACAGAGGAGGAAAGCAGCCAGAGAAUAUUCACAUCUAAGAAACUGGAAUCGGAGAAUUUUUUCAAACAAUCGAUUUGAGCGAGCAAAAAACGCAGCAUGUGUACAGCCCCAGAGGGAAGCAGCACACACACGUUGGAGAAACUUGAACCCGAGAUUGAUUUGAGUUUUUGAUGGAUGAUUAAUUAGAUUAUAUUGAUUUUUGUCAGUUAUAUUCAGUUGAUCCACGACUCGUCUCAGGAGCAGCUCUGACGGUGUGUUCACUGACAGUUUGGUUUGGAUUUUGGAGACACGUGUAGACAUGUAGUUUAUUUAUUUAGUUAUUUUUACUGGAAAACAGAUUGUGCAACAUCAUGCUCAAACGUGUGCGUUAAAUAAUUUAAGAUAAAAUUUUACUAAUUUGUGGACAAGUGUGUGGAGUCAAAACAAAGUCCCCAUUCUUAAAUUUCAGUUCCGCUUCAACUUUAGGGAAAUUUGAGGCGUGAAUUUGCGCCGGUGACCAAAAAAGAUCUGUCUCGACGGUGCACGAAACUGAGAUCCAGACUCGACAGUGAAGGACGCUGUCACAUGAGCUGUUAGUCUUAUUAAACCCGCUCUGUGGCAGAAUAAACUGAUCCUAAAACUUAGUUCGUGGAGUGGAAACAAAGUCCUCAUUUUAAAUUUUCGCUUUGAGUUCAACUUUGCUGAAAUCUGACGGGAGAAUUUGCGCUAGAGACCGACAGAAAUCUCUCGACAGUGCAUGAAACUGAGAUCCAGACUCCACAGUGCUGUCAGUUUGAACCUGCUGGAGAAUAAACUGCUCCAAAAACAAGAAGAUGCAGCGUGGAGGUUGAGAUAUGUCCCUUUUUCAUUAGUAAAUUGAGAGCACAGAUGGCGUCUUUGUGCACACAAGUUAAAACAAAA